AUGAUAAAACCUAUAACCCCAAUUACCUCCAACAAAACGAGGUCCAAGCCUCGUCAUAAGUAUGCUAUGAUUCCCGCUGCCGAUUGGAAGGUUCCUGUACCUGAAGAUUUGGAUACGGAUUUCAUUACUGUCAGCAAACCUCAACCUGUGGUGUUGAAUCAUCAUAUAUCGUUUGAAGCGUUUAAAAUACAAACCCAAUCAGAACAACAGGAACUUAUCAUAUGUAAAUGCUGGAGAGGUCCUGUUGAACCAAUUUUGGAUGAAAUCUUCGAGGAUUAUCAAUGGAGUGACGUUAAAUACGAUCAAGUAACUAUUUUCAUUAAAGCUGGUCAUAAUGAAGAUAUUAUCAAUGCCUUGAAAUCACAGUGUGAAGGGAUUUUAUAUUAUCAACAAGACCAAUCUGUGUUUGUUGAAGGUACUAAAUCAAACGAAAUCAUUAACGAUGAUGUAGAACAUAAAGAAACAGAUAUUCAAUAUAACGUUGAUCCUAAUGAGUUAAUAGAUAUACCCAACAGAAUGAAAUCUCAGAUAGUCAAACAAUUAAUAAAAUUCCGUAGUAGAGUUAUUAAUCAAGAAAGACAAAGAAGGAAUGAUAACUUGGUAAAAGAACGAUUGAAAGUCCGAGAAAGAAUAUUCCAAACUCAUAAGAUUGAAAAACCUAGUGGAUCUAAGUACAAAGAACCAGUGGAUGAUGGAAUUAGUGAAAAUGAUUAUAGACAAGAACUCAAACGUCAAGAAACUUCGAAGUUGGAAAAAGCAUUCAAUGAAAAAUUACGUCAUUUCAAUUCUAUAAAGAACCGCAAGAAAGAGUUGAAGCUUUUAGUGGAAAGAGCUAAAAACUAUGAAGAUGAAGUAAUGAACAAGAAAGAGAAAUUCAUGGGAUUUAUUGGUACUGUUGAUCGUCUGAAUAAACAGCGGGAACAAGAAUUGGAUGAUAUCAAUAGAUCUAAAGAUACCAAACAAGAAUCUAACGAAAAAGUGAAAGUCAAAGACACUUCUUCGUUAUCAAUAGAAUCCUUAUCCAAAUUGAACGAUUUUAUUGAAAAGUUAAUGGAAAAAUAUAUGGGAAUGGUUGAUGAUGAGUUGGUGAAAUACUUAUUCAAUUCCAUGUUAGAGAAUAACCUUAACCAUAAGGAUUUGGUGGAAACUUUAGAUGAAGAUGCCACUAAAUUCGUUCAAGAGUUGAACGAUUUCAUAGAUUCCGAAUCCAAAUAA